GCAUGCGCGGUUUUGGUUCGGUUCAGCCGUAGGAGACGUUUACGCAUGCGCAGUGCGAAUCAGGCGCUGAUCGGGUAACCACGGCAAAAAAGAAAGCGAAGAGUGACGUCACUCUAAUCAAGAUGGCGGCUCACUCCGAUAACAGCACUGAAGUGACUCUGAUCCUGGACCCAGAGAAAAGCACAUAUCUGGGUCAUGCGCCUCUGUACCAGUCAGCUGAUGACCCUAACACAUACUACCUUGAUGAAGCCCUGACUGUGAGGGUGAACCUGUAUACUACUGUAACCAAGCAAGAGGAAAUGGUGUACAUCCUGGAUUCUGAACCCCUGCCCCAAAACGAAGCCUUCAGCAAAGAGCAGACCCUCUUUCUGAUCGAUCUGAUGCGCCAGCAGUUGGAAGCCGACGGCGAGAGUCUCCUCCGGGCUUUAAAGGAGCUGAAUCCCCGAUUAAAGUCGGGUAAAAGUCGCAAGAAGCACAUGUGGAGGGAGAUGGCGACCAGACUCUCCAAACACUUUCAGCAGGUCUUCCAUCCUGAUCACGUGGCGAGGACGUGGUAUGCUCUGGAGGACGAGUACAAAAAGGUGAAAGACGAUAACAGGACAACUAAACCGGAAGCCGUGAGCUUUCAGUAUUUUAACGAGAUGGAAGAGCUGCUUGGUGGGCAUCAUGACGUCGAGUUUCCUGUUGUGGGCACGGUGAAAGGUGUAGAGGUGCGCAGGCCAAAGGCUUUGAAUGUAGAUGGUGGAAGAGACUCGCCCGCGAUGGCGCACACGGAGGAGGCUACUCCGGCGGCGACUCCGACAGCUUCAGCGACGCUGACGAGACCUCCUCCGCUCAAACGCCAGAGAACCAACAAACACUACUUGGCUCUUCUGGACUUUUUAAAGGAAUCCACAGCGGCUCGUCAGCGACGCCACGAGGAAACUCUGGCCCAGAUGAAAUCGGCUCAGGAUGGCUUUGAGGCACUAAUGAACAGAUUCCUGGACAAACUUUGACCUUCUCUUAAUAUUUUCUUGCUCAUAUUUUAUGUACAUUAUUUCUGACCGGACGAUAUAUAAAAAGAAUCUUUUAUACUGAUUUUAGUCGACUGAAUUCCUGGCUCCAUCUCUCAGAUGUUUACAAGCUCGUAUUUCUCUUCCGAUUCCUGUUUCCUUCGGACAGGACGUUGUUGUUAAGUCUUCAGUUUUCUUCUCGCCAACUGCAAAUGGUUGUGAUCAUAAGAAAAUAAGCCCAUAAACAAACCCGAAGGAACGAAUGAAGCUAGCAGAACUAUAUUCAACACAUUCAUACAGUGUCUAGAAACCGUCUACACACCCCUGUGAUAAACUGAAACCAAAAUAAUAUUUUCAUAAAGCAGUCUUUCUUAUUGUUUUUAUACCUUUUAAUGUGAUACAGCAACCAACAAAAAACGAGUGAAACACGAAUGGAAAUGUUUUUAUAAAGAAAGUAAAAUGUACACAAGCCUUAACUAACUAUUUUUAUUGAACUUUUUGGGUAAAAACCUCAUGAUUUAUCUUUUUUUUUUAAUGAAUAAAAUUUGUUAUAUUAUGUCACUACUCGAUCCCUACCUGCAACACGGUUUUGUUCUGCGCAUGCGCGAAAUAGCCGCCAGCAAAACGUUCGUAGUAGGAUUGUGUUGUUCGCGCAUGCGCAGAACAAAAAGAAACCCCGCUGAGUUUUCGCACAUGCGCAGUACAAAUCGUGUUUACGGAUUGAGUGAGACUUUUUUUUUGUUUGUUUGAAUUGUCUACGUGACAUAAGAAAAAUAAAUAAAUAAAAGCCGGGGUACAGGUAUAGACAAAAAAACCCUUUGUAACAAUAAACAAAACAAAAACAAACAAAUAACUAAAAAGUAAACGUAAAUAAUUAAAUAAAAAU